AUUUUGGGCCUUGCCAAUAGGUUUCUGUCGCCAAAACAACAUUGUUCUGAGGUGUAGUUGUGUACUAUCUCUAUCUUUUCUCGUCACAGAAGAACUCUUUGAUCUUUCUUUUCUUCAUUCUUACUUGGAGUUUUCUAUUUCUUCUCUCAGGGAGCAAAGCAUUAUGGCAUCUCUUACACCGGGAGUGUUGCUAAAGCUUCUUCAGAGUAUGAAUUCCAAUAUAAAGGUCCGAGGAGAGUAUCGAUCUGUUCUGCUACAAGUAAUCAGCAUCGUGCCUGCCUUGACUGGCUCAGAAUUAUGGCCUAAUCAAGGUUUUUUUGUAAAAGUAUCUGAUUCUUCGCAUUCAACCUAUGUUUCAUUAUCAAGGGAAGAUAAUGAGCUAAUAUUGAAUAACAAGUUGCAGCUUGGGCAGUUCUUCUAUGUUGAUAGAAUAGAAGCUGGAACUCCAGUUCCAAUUCUAGUUGGUGUCAGACCACUUCCAGGACGAAAUCCUUUCGUGGGAAAUCCCAAGGACUUGAUGCAAAUGGUGGUGCCAUCUGAGGGUCCUGUGCCAUUUGAUGAUAAAGGAGUUAAUGGUUCAAAACUGAGGGAAUUAAUUGAAGGGAAAGAGGAGAAUUCAAGGCAGAAAAUUGUUAUCAAGGAGGAAAAGGCUGUUGUUGCUUCUAGAUAUAUGCAGGGUGUUUUGACAUCAAGUCCUAAAUGGAGCGGAUCGGAUUCGAAUGGAGGCGGAAAGAGUAAUGAGACAGAGAGCAACGGAUCAGGUAAUAAGAAGCCUGGAUUAGCGAAAGGCAGACAACAAGAAAACAAAGGUCAGGCACGUCCAACUACUCCUAUCAGAAAUCAUCAAUCACUUUCAUCAAAGUCAGAGGUUGCCGUUUCCAAUGUCAAGGAGGCUCCAAUGCUUUCGAGGAGCAAAUCUGCAAAAUCUUCAUUAAAUAAACAGGAAACCACAAACUUGAAUUCUCUGUCUAGCAAUGCAGAUAAGAACUUUUUGCCUGAGACAUCAUCGUGGGCCUCUCUGCCUCCAAGCCUCUUGAAGCCCGGAAAGGGAAUGCUUAGAAGGAGAUAUUUAGCUUCUCUGGUUGCAGCAGAAGCUCAGAAAGAAGCAUCUACUGCUGCCUUACUUAUCAAGUGCCUCAAUAUGUUUGCGGAUCUUCGCUCCUCUGCCUCACUAGAGAACCCCCACCUCUCUCUCACCAAGUUCUUCGCACUGCAACAGCUCAUCGACCAACCGAAUGUAACAACCCCAUUAAAGGAUAAAUCACUUCAAUUAUCAACUCACUGUUUUAUUGCAGACACAGAAAGAACUAGCAAAAGAACAGGUCUUAGUCAUGCUAAGAGUACAUUGAAGACUCCCAAGUCUUCAAUAGAGUCAAGUUCAACUGAGAAGCUGGAGUGGGCUAAAGGAGAUGGUGCAAAAGAAAUCAAAGAACUAAGGGAGGCUGUCUUGAAUGAAACCAGAACUUGGUUCUUGAAAUUCUUGGAAGGAGCCUUGGAGGUCGGGUUUCGUGUUGCUAUCCAAGAGAAGAAGGGUAAACACAGUGCUGGGCGACGCAUGGAGCCAGAAAACAACCACAUUGCUGUUACAUUGUCACAGCUCAAGCAUGCAAAUGAGUGGUUAGAUAAGCUAAGAAACAACUUGAACUUAGAAAAUAAUAAUGGAUUAGUGGAGACUAUUGAUCGAUUGAAGCAAAAGGUUUAUGCUUGUUUGCUUGCUCAUGUGGAUUCAGCUGCAUCAGCUCUAGAGAAUCGAUCAGAUCGAGGUUGAUUCAGAAAUAGGGUUGAGCUCUAUAUAUUAUACGUCUCUUUUGUGAAUGAAAUAACUUAUCUAGUAGUUUUAUUACCAGGUAAGCAUGGAAUUAGCCAAAUAAUGUAAAGUAACUGCAAGCUUGGCCAAGUUUAUUUAUGCAAAUUAUGCAUGAAGAUAAACGAACAUGUAAUAAGGCCAUUUGAACCUCUAAUACUGAUCCUCUCAUAAAUAAGUCGAGAAAUAUCUGAUAGAAAUGAUGUUUAUAUGGAAGCAGUAAUAAACUUAUUUCAAUUGUAAAGAUUAA